GGGGAAAGAUGUUGGUUUGCAGAAUAUUUGUAGCCUCAUUCUUUUCCUACAGUAUGCCCGUGAUGUUGAGUCAUAAAAUUUCCCUCAAUCAUCAGGCCCAGCACGACGAAGAAAGCGGAAAGAGCCAGGAAAAGAAAAAAUUGCUUCGCACACGCGCGAUAUAAAGCCAGUCAAUCACCAACACAGCCUGCGAAGCAUCUUUUCCUUUCCUUAUUUUUCUUUUCUCUCACACAAAACACAAACAUUAUUAGUCUAUUAUUUUACAUUUGCCAAAGCAACUGCUAUUUCUAAUUCUUGAAUUCAACACCCUGCUCAUAACAUAUCGAAAAGAUGUCUUCCGAAGAGCUCGCCACUAAAAUCGCACAGAUGGACAUAGCAGCUCUCGUGUUUACUGACGAGGCCACGGGCUCUGAUGAGGCCGGCAACGGCAGCAAGGACGCGCCCUACAAGACACCGCAAGCAGCCCUUGCCCACAUUGCCAGCCUGCCCGAGGAUAAGCAGGAGGAGACCAAAAUCCUGACGAAGAAGGCUGAAGAGGGUUACACCUAUAUUACUCCCUCGGCGCUGAAGAGGGCCAAGAAGUCUUACGAGCUCUCCGUCAAGAAGGCGUUGAAGCAGGCCGAGCAGGAUGCCCGCGACCAGGCGCAGGUUGAGGCCAAGUUGGCCGAGGAGCAGCGCAGAAUUGCCGAGAGCAUGGAAAUUGUUCUGACUGAGGAUCCUGCUCUACCCCAGGCAACGAGGAUCAGGGUCAUCGAUGCUAAGGCCAACCGCAACACUCGCAUCAAGGUGUCGGGCUGGGUCAGUCGCCACCGCGUCCAGGGCCGUGACAUGAUGUUUAUUGUUCUGCGCGACGGAACUGGCUUCCUGCAGUGUGUGCUUACCAACCAGCUCUGCCGCACCUACGACGCGCUUACGCUGACUAUCGAGUCAUCGGUGACACUCUACGGCGAGAUCAAGGAGGUUCCCGAGGGCAAGUCUGCGCCCGAUGGCCAUGAGCUGAUUGUCGACUUUUGGGAGGUCAUCGGCAAGGCUCCGGGCGGUGACGAGUCUAUUGAGAACCUUUUCAACAGCAACUCGGAUCCCUCGGUGCUCCUCCAGCAGCGCCAUUUAGUUAUCCGCGGUGACAAGGCAUCGUCUAUACUCAAGGUGCGCUCGCGCGUCAUGAAGGCGUUCCGCGAUCACUUUGACAACGUCGGGUACACCGAGGUCACACCGCCGUGCAUGGUGCAGACGCAGGUGGAGGGCGGGUCGACCCUGUUUUCGUUCAACUACUACGGUGAGGAGGCCUACCUCACGCAGUCGUCGCAGCUGUACCUCGAGACCUGCCUGCCGUCAAUGGGCGGUGUGUACACCAUGUCCGAGUCGUACCGCGCUGAGAAGUCCCACACUCGCCGCCAUCUGUCCGAGUACACACAUUGCGAGGCCGAGGUGCCCUUCAUUACCUUUGACGAGCUGCUCGACGGCAUCGAGAACAUGAUCAAGGACGUCGUCAACCGCGUUUGGGCUGAGCCCGAGACCCGCGCCAUGAUCCAGGCGCUUAACCCCGAGUUCGAGCCCCUGACUGAGCCCUUCGUGCGCAUGCGUUACGAGGAGGGUAUCAAGUGGCUGAACGAGCACGGCAUUAAGCGUGCUGAGGACGGCCAGGACUUUGAGUUUGGCGACGACAUCCCCGAGGCCCCCGAGCGCGUGAUGACCGAUGCGAUUGGCAAGCCCAUCUUCCUGACCCACUUCCCGGGCCCCAUCAAGGCCUUCUACAUGCCACCCUGCAAGGACGACCCGAGAGUCACUGAGUCUGCUGAUCUGCUGAUGCCCAGCGUCGGCGAGAUUGUCGGUGGGUCCAUGCGUAUCUGGGACUACGAGACCCUGCUGGCUGCCUACAAGCGCGAGGGCCUCGACCCCGCGCCCUAUUACUGGUACCUUGACCAGCGCAAGUACGGCUCCUGCCCCCACGGCGGCUUUGGCCUUGGCGUCGAGCGCUUCCUCGCGUGGCUGACCAAGAGCUUCAGCGUCAGGGACUGCUGCCUGUACCCCAGGUUCACUGGCCGCUGCCAGCCAUAAAUGGACUAUUUCAAAUGUUACACUUUUGCUUUAUUAUUUCAUUCGAG